UCUUCUGCCGUGUUUGGUAAAAACGGGAUCUUGAUGUGUUGCAGUUUCACACCGGCCGAUUUUCUUCCCCCUUCGUCUGUAGUCCGGAUUAGAUGAAAGUGGAUGUGUAGGGUGUUAAUGAUGGACGCUUUUCCUUCUGCUUUGUCCACACCCCUCAUGCACAGAUAACAGUGGCUAGAGGCGCCGCGCUAAGUGACAUUACUUCACUGCUGUGUUGGAUUUAGAACAGGAGAACGGUAGACUUCGGGCUGGAAAACUCGUCUGGAACAUUUUCGGUUUGUCUGCGGAUUUUAGAAACCUCGGAUUUGGGAUCAUCUCGAUCGAGAGUGACGCCGGCGGCAAGCAUGGAGCCCCUCCAGAGCAGUGUCCACCAUGUCCCUCUCUGCACGGCCUACGCGCCGGGUCCUUGCCAGGUCUAUCACUAGGAGCCAGUCCUUUGCUGGAGUCAACUCCCACGACAAGCCCUACAGGAGCCUCUCUGUGUUUCGCACCCCAUCAACUGUGAGGAAGACUCCAUCUAGAGCAAGUAGGAUGUUUACCCUCUCUGCUAAGUCGCCACCUCCAAAGGUGCCUCAGCCUGAGAGACUUGAUGAGGUCUAUGAGGCCCUGAAAAGAGGACUCCAAUCUUACCUGCAUGUUCGUCAGAUGGAGCUGGACAGUCUAAACCAUCAGAUUAAGGAAUCUAAAAGGAACUCGCGCCUGGGAUUUCUUUAUGAACUGGACAAGCAAGUCAAGGUGAUUGAGAGGUUCAUGAGAAGGCUGGAGUUCCACCUCAGCAAGAUUGAGGAGUUGUAUGAAGCAUAUUGUAUGCAGCGAAGACUGCGGGAUGGGGCUGAUAAGAUGGUGAAAGCAUACACAGCUUCUCCAGGCAGCCGAGAGGCCAGAGAGAGCCUGUCGGAGGCCAACAAAGGAUUCAAAGAAUACACAGAGAACAUGUGCAUGCUGGAGAGUGAAUUAGAAAGCCAGCUUGGGGAGUUUCAUAUCAGAAUGAAAGGUUUGGCUGGCUUUGCACGCCUGUGUGCCGGGGACCAGUAUGAGAUCUUUAUGAAAUAUGGCCGUCAGCGCUGGAAGCUACGGGGUCGAAUUGAGAUCAACGGAAAGCAAGUGUGGGACAGCGAGGAGAUGGUCUUCCUCCCCCUCAUCACUGAGUUUCUUUCAAUAAAGGUUACAGAGCUAAAGAGUCUGGCAAAUCAUGUUGUGGUGGGGAAUGUCUCGUGUGAGACCAAAGACCUAUUUUCUGCCCUGUCUCAGACCGUAGCUGUGGACAUUAAUGAUCUAGGAACCAUCAAACUCAGUCUGGAGGUCACCUGGAAUCCAUUUGACAAAGAUGAUCAGAACUCCACAGCCAGCACAGUAAACAAAGCUCCUACAGUUAACAAGCGAUUCUCCACGUAUAACCAGAGUCCUCCAGAUACGCCAUCUCUGCGUGAACAAGCCUUUUAUUCCGUCCCACGGAGUCUGCAUUCCAAGCAGUGUUGGUCUCUCCUGGAUGUGUUCCGGGAUGCACUGGCCGAAAAACUGUCUCAGAACCAUAGCUGUGGCGAUGUCUCCUCCGUUGGCUUCAACCUGUCUCGGUCCCAGAGUCAUAACAUGCUGAGACGGCAAGAGGAGCUGGAGAAUGGCACAGCGUGGUCAAACUCAUCCGAAUCGUCGGACGAUUCCUCAAGCCCACAGCUAUCCCUGGGUCUCAGACAUGCUCACAAAAACCUGGUGGUGCAGCCUGAGGUGCAAGCAGCUGCUCCCACUAUCGACAUCUCCUUCACCCCCCGCCAAUCAGCCACCUCCACACCCACUCGCCUGGCUGAUCAGACAGAAGAGGAUGAGGAGGAGGAGGAACAAGGGCAGGAGGAGGACAAGCCACGAGCGACUACAAUCAUGGUCACUACUGAAGCCACAGACAAACAGGCAGUUCCCAAUGGUCAUACCCGCUACUUACGGUCCCUAAGCCACAUCAGCGAGAGCAGCGUGGAUGCCGCCUUGACCGAGAGGCAUGUUGGAGAAUCAUUAGAGCCCAGUGUAUUUACUGAUGUACCUCAGCAGGUGGAGCCAGGCACGGACAUUCCCAAGCCCCAAGGUGGUGCCCUGACUGUUGACCCAUCCACACUGGUUUUAUCCAGCAGCGAUACAUCAUCCACUGCAGAACAAACCAUUACUGACACACAUACUGAGGAGGAUUCUAUCAGUUCUUCAACUGAGACAGAGGCACAGCAAAGUGACGCUAUGGAAUCAAGUACUCUAACAGUGGUCCAGGACACGCAACAGCUUCCCCAGGCUGAUAAAACUGUUGUAGAGGUGGACAUGUUGCCGGAGAACAGGGCCAGGACAGAAAAAACAGAGACAAAGGACAGUGGUAUAAAUGAGGCUCUUGGUGCUGUGCUGUCCUCUCUGGAUGACUACAGGGGUCAGUUUCCAGAGCUGCAGGUGCUGGAGCAAGAGCUUCGGCUGUUGGAGGAGGCUCUCACUGGCUGGAGUCGAAGCCGCUCCUCCAGUGUGAGUCUGACGGUGGAGAUUGCUCUUGAAAGCUUUGACUUCCUGAACACGUCAGAUCUCGAGGAAGAGGAGGUGGAAGAUGGAGUGAAACCAAGUGUGACAGACGGUACUGAUCCAGUAUUGGUGGGGGUUGUGAAAGGUGAAAAGGAUUGUGUGGUGCAUUGUUGGGAUGCUCCCUCUGUUCCUCUCAGCACCGGUUGCCAGAUCCUGGAUAACACUUUGUUAAUCCAUCUUCAGAACUGCACCUCCCAGCUGCUGAGGCUGGGUACAUUUGGACCACUGCGCUGUGGGGAAAUGUAUGCACUUGACAGGCUGCUUCGUGAGGCACGAGUCAUUGAGCUUAUUCGACAGGCUAUCAAGAACAAACCGGGCAGUGCCAGCCUACCUGAUGAAGUGGUGCCACAACUGGAGCAGUGCCAGGGGGCUGUGUCGCUCUGGAAGCAGUGUAUGGAUGGUUGUAAUGUGUUCAGCACCUCAAAUGAGGAUUUUCUACACAAACUAAGCAUCAACUACACAGAAAAACUACCGAAGAGAGCAGCCGGCUUUGCAGACACAGUGUUUUCACAUUUAGUGGAGAGGAUUUUGGAGAGAAAAUUGCCCAGACGAGGUGGAAGCACAGCCAAAGAGACUCUUACAAUCUUUCAGUUCUGGUGCUACCUAGAGGCUGAGGGUGUGAGUGAACUAGACACGCAUGUUACAGAGCUGGCUGAAGAAGUGUGGUUGGUGCAGUGUCUGCAGUCAGAAGAUCAGGAGGUGUUGCUGAGGACCCUAAAGAAGCCCCCAGAGUGCAGUCUAAAGCGAGAGGGCCUGCGGGCAGUCAGUCUGCUUCUCAGGGACACGCGGGGAAAAGUAUGCAGCUCCGCCAGCUCUCUGUUACGUAACCUUGCAGACCAGCCACGCCACAGAGAGAGGGCAUUGGUCAGCUGUCUGGAGCUGCUGGAAGAUGAGAGUGUUGAGACCCGAGUGUGUGGAUGUAAAGCACUUGCAUGUCUAAAGGCCAAAGAAAGCAUUGAGCAGUUAGUGUAUCUAUGCCGCACAGACAAGGAGGAUGUACGAGACUCUGCCAAACAAGCUCUGCUAGUGCUCGGUGAUGAGGGGAAGAUGGCCUAUCGGCACGUUGAGCAGGAUGGAGUUGCGCGGCUUUUUGCACCUGGUAGCAUGGCUAGCACUGCCUUCUAAUGUCCAUCAUCUGGGGAUAACCUCUAAAAAUUCUCAAUCAGUCUGUCCUGUGUACUUAGUUCUGAUCAUGCCAACAGAGGCUUCAUAAUGAAAAAUGCACCAUACACUGCUGGUGUAAAUACAGACUCAUUGCUCUCUUACGCAGAGUGUCUACAGUUCGUCUACAAUUUAUCCAAUAACUGGACUGUCUAAAUCUGUACACUACUACAAGUAAUCUUUAGAUUAUCUGGGCUUCUGGUAAACAAUACUGUGGAAAGGAGACAUUGAUCAUACAGGCUGGGAUGGGCUACAACUUUUUUGCUGCCUUAUGACUUGGCCCAAUGUUUUUUUUGUUUGUGAUUUACUAAGCUGGAUUCUUGAGCAUUAUUGUGCUUUAUGCACUAGUGGGGGAUGAAAAGUGUUGAAAUGACUACCCCUUUCACACAAUCCCAGGCAAUUAUCGUGUUACCUUAAACUUUGCUUCUUUCACACAUGCAGGUUUUACAUGGUAAUUUCCCCGGUUGCACCCACUCACACAUGACAGACCUGUUACAAACAAUGUAUCUUAUAACGAACGCCAUAUACUGCAAAUUUGGUUUUGUUUACAUUUCAAUCCAUUUGGUUUGUAAAUAGCCUUUUCUCUAACCAAUCUUUUUUGAGUUAUUUAUGUUAUUUGAUUCUAGUAAAUAGUUCUUAAGUACUGGACCAAGGAAUACACCAUAGACACUCCAACUAUUAUGAAACAACACACAUACAUUCAUGAUUACCCACAUCUAGGGUCAAUUUAAAGCUUGCCAAACCUGACAUACAAAAUACAAAAAAUAAUGAAGCUGUGAUUUAACAAACUUAGUGAUGCACCACCAUGCCACCUCACUAAAAUUUCAAUUUUAAUUUAAGAUAAUAACAGUUCCUUUGAAAUUUGCAUUGUGCCCAGGGAAAUUGACUUUUCAUGCUUACUUCUAAAGACACUUUAGAAGACAUUUUUUCUGUUUUAUCAAAACUAAUCUGGUAUAAAUCAAGUUAUAGCCUCUGUGUAUUUGCAUUCUAGCCUAGUGGUAGGAUUAGUAGAUCAUACAUAUCCUGUAGUCUUAGAUUUUUAAUCACUGGCCUCAGUGGACAUCUGCAUUUUAUCAAAUAAUGUAGCAGCUCUGGUUCAUACAUGAAACAAUCUGGUACCUACUUGGCAAUUGUAUUAGGUCUCAACCCGGUAAAUUGCUGUAACAGUCCUCCCAAUUUUAGUUCUGGGAGUGUUCAGACUGGUAACUUACUAAGAAUGUGUGAAAGGGGUUUAACAGAUGAGUACACUUUUAACCUGCUGAACUGUUGUCAAAGCUUUUUUAUCUACAGAAUUCCAGUGUUACUAUCUGGUAAAUGUCGGUGGAUAAUAGCAAAGUUUAGAAGGUUGAGAGAGCAAGAAUGCUUAAAGUGUGUUUAAAAGUAAGUAUAAGUGUGCCAUCUUUCCAUGCUUUUACUAUGUCUGCUUUAGGGAUACAGUACACACAACCUGUGUAUGUUGUAAUGUUAAAAGCAAACAUUCACAAACUGCUUUCAGUGGUAAUCAAGCCUUAACUGUGCACUUCCUGUUUAUGAUUCAAGCAAUCUAAGGAGGAUACCUGCUGUAACAGUGGUGGAUAUGGUUUUACACACAUACAGAUAUCACUAUAGCAACUGUUAAAAAAUAUAGACUUUAAUGGAUUCUGCUUUACUGUUUGUAUAGACAGCUUGUUUAUGCAUGUUGUCUGUUGACUGGCACCAGUGCAGAUGGACAAUUGAUGCAGAGCAUUUCUCCAGUGCUGCAUAGACUCACAGGUUCAGUUCUGGAACUUCAAAAAACAAUUUUAUUUUAAACAACUUUCAGUUUUUUGAAGAAGAGAGAGAAAGCCUCCUAGAUGUACAAGUGCCUCAAAUGACUGAGGAGUAAGUGUGGUAACCUUUAUUUAAAAUAAAAAAUAGCGGUUUCAAAUGAUACUGCAGUACAGAUUUAAGUAUAUUUUCCUUAUACAUAUUGUGCAACAUUAAGGAAGUGAUUUAUUGUUUUUUUAAUAAGAAAUUUUUAUUUGACAGAAAUCUUGACUAGAACUUUAAAAACGAUUAAAAACACUAA